CAUAGAUGUUCGUCAUCACGCCGCGACACUGAGGGAGGGCUGGUGGGGAGCACGUUGACGCACCGGAGCUCCGGCAGUUCAGGAGGAAAGAAAAGAGAGAAAAGGGCAGAUCCUUCCCUCCAGAACCCUUCUGCCUCUGCCUGCCUUCCAGUGACCUACACCAGGGAGUCGCCGGUGAAACCGCAUCAGCUUCUACGAGUUCGCGAUGUCAGUCACGGAGAUGUUCAGCUACAUCCAGGGCUUUUUAAGUGCCGACCAAGAUGUUCGAGAGGACAUAAGGAAGGUUGUCCAAGUUCUGGAGCAGACCGCGAGGGAGAUACUGACUGUUCUUCAAAGCGUCCAUCAGCCAACUGGUUUCAAAGACAUUCCCAGCAAGUGCCUGAAGGCCAGAGAACUGUUUUCCACCGUUCAAAGCCAAAUCGGUGAGCUGAAAACCAAGUUUCCAGUGGAACAGUACUACAGAUUUCAUGAACACUGGAGGUUUGUUCUUCAGCGCCUCACCUUUCUCGCAGCUUUUGUGGUCUAUUUGGAGAGUGAGUCCUUGGUGACGCGAGAGGAAGUGGCUAAAAUACUUGGAACUGAAGUUGACCGAGAAAAGGGCUUCCAUUUGGACAUUGAAGAUUAUCUAGCAGGAAUUCUUAUUAUGGCCAGUGAACUGUCAAGAUUGGCAGUCAAUAGUGUGACGGCUGGAGACUAUGGGCGUCCCCUCCGUAUCUCCAAUUUUAUCAACGAACUUGAUUCUGGCUUUCGCUUGCUCAAUCUGAAAAACGACCCUCUGCGUAAACGCUAUGAUGGCCUCAAGUAUGAUGUCAAGAAGAUCGAGGAGGUGGUGUAUGACCUGUCUAUCCGUGGCCUUGCCAAGGAGCCAGAGGCUGGGGGAGAUAAGUAGAGGCAGUAGGGGAAUAGAAGAGGCCACGGGGCACAACCCUGGCUGGAAUUCUCCAUGACUGAGAGAAUGGAGACUUAACCUGCCAGUGGGCAGGUGGGUGGAGGAAGAGAAGAGGGGAUGGAGGUAUUGAAGCCCCAGAAGCCUUUGACGGUGGUGUGUAUUUUGAAGCCAUCUGUCUGACCUGGUGGAAAGCUGUUUAGACCUGUUAAAAAAAAAAAGGGGAGAUGUUCAGUUUCUCACCACUGUUGAGAGAAGUUUACUUUUGUACAGUUCACCUGUAUGUUCGGUUGGAUGUGCCAUUUUGCUGUUCUUAUUGUUUUGUGUUGGUUAUCACACUUGUGAAUCAUUGUACAAACAUCUGAUAUGAAGGGGGCUGUUGUUGUUGUUGUUGUUGUUGUUAUUAUUAUUAUUAUUGUUAUUGUUAUUAUUAUUGUUAUUAUUAUUAUUUUUAUGGAUACAUAAGGAAUAAUCUUGACAUGGGGAAAAAAAGAUCUUCCCAGAUUUGUUGUUCUUUAACAUUACCUGACAUUCAGCUAUGAUUAUGUUGGAUUAAGCCUACAGGGUUUUUCACUUAGUUAUGUACUGAAUGUGCACAUAAGGGGAACUUUUUAAAAAGUGACUAGUGGGGGAAAAUAUGCUUAAAUUACCUGACACUUUUACAUCGGGGGGGGCUUAGGCGCUGACAUUUUGCUUCAGUUUCCCCAUAGACAUAAUUUUAUGUCUGCACCUGUUUCCACUAGCACAUGUCCAUGUUCUCUCUGAGUAUUACCAAAUACCUCCUGGGCCUAUUAGCAUUGACACUGGCUGACUUAUUUCUUUUAUUAUUCAGAAUGUUUCUACUCCAGGUUUAAUUUUGCAGUUUUAUAUUGUAAUUUGGCUGAAAUGUUACAUACCUUGGAGAAAAUUACUUCAUAAUGGAGAUUUUAUUGCCUUAUUUUCAUUAUCUUCUAGUGAACGCUCUGAUCCCAUCACCUGCAUCAAUUAUACAUUUGUCAAUUGUUAUGGAUGCUUGCAUUGCAUCUUUGCAUGUUGCAUAUGGCCUUUUACAGCAUAAAGAGCCUUUAUAGCGUGUCUUUUGAAAAAAUGCCCAGCUUGAUAGCAAAGCAAACUACAAAAUAUCAGCUUUAAUUUCCUUGUGUGCUGCACAAGUCUGCUGUUGUCUUCUUGCAAACUACAUUUUAUUGCCCUUAGUGUGUAGCUAUGUAUGUGAGCAUGUAACUGGUCUGAUUAGUAAAUAUAUGUUUAAGUACUGCUUAAAAAACCCCAUAAAAUCUCUUUCUUGAUGUCUGAUUCUGACUCUGUCAGCGACAGUAUGGACUUAGUAAUAGUAUGCACUUUUCUUUUUGGCCUGUAAUGGUUUCUAGUACGCCAGCAGCUGACUUUGUGUUCAUUUUAACAGUUUGCCUCUUCCUGUUUGCCAUGAACUGUAAUGUCUGCAUUUCAAAACUUUUUUUUUUGUUAUUCUUACUUUAAUAAAGUGCAAAUUAAAUCCUUUUCAACAAGCAA